AUGGAGUCAGCCAUUAAGACCAUAGUCACCACAUAUCUUGGCUCUUCCAGAGGGAAAGAAAACUUGAGUGGGAGUGCCUUCCAGAAACUGGUGAAGAAAAAUCUCAGCGGCGUCAUGGAGGUAAAAAACCUGACUUUCUGCAACUCCUCAACACCCCUUGUUUUCCACACAAUUCUGAAAACUAUUCUCAAAAAACUACUUGAUAUUGUUGUUUGUUUGUUUGUUUAAUGGCCUAUCUGUCUGCUUGUGUCUUCCAGGACACAAACUGUUCCUCAGCCGUCAAAGAGAUGCAGAGGGGGCUGGAUGAGAACCAGGAUGGGAAGGUCAGCUUCCAGGAAUACCUAACUCUGAUUGGCUACGUUGCCAACUCCAUCAGUCAGCAGAAGUGUGGUUCAAACGCAGAUGCUUCCCAGUGA